AUGGCGAGGAAUGUCGUACUGAUCACUGAUCAUUCAGCAGCGGCCGAAGACCGCAGCUUUGCUGGGUUUCUGGCGGUGCUCCGAGGAGACGUUGGAGACGUUGGCGACCAAGACCGCAAUACAAUGCUGAGCCUCGCUGGCACAACAUGGCUACAGGGGGGCACUGAGCUGGAGGUUCGACGCGCGGCAGCAGCGACCAGCCCACGAACUGGCUCUCGUAUGGACGUGUUCGUGAUGCCGAAAGAAGAAGUCACAAAUUCUUCCUCUGGUGCGCUUUCCGAAUCUGGGCACAGGACGAAUGCAGGCAUUGAAGGAGCGUCGUAA